AUGGCGACAGGGCGCCUUGGGAUUGGGGAGACUUUAGGGGCCCUGAAUGCUGCCCUGGGAUCCUGCGGCUCAGUGUGGCUCAAGGAGACCCGCGCCCACCACUUGCGCGUUCGUGACUUCCUGGCUCCAAGGCGCGCGCUACAGGCACGCUUCGGGAACGAGCAGGUGCCCGAUCCCGUAGUCAGUGCUGUAGCUGGUCUUCAGGGUCCUGGUGUUGCCCCUGUGCUGUGUUGCACGGUCACCUCUGCCGGCCUGGCGCUCCAAUUGCAGCGGCCCGCUGUCUUCGAGCGCGUCCUAGGCUCAGUGGCUGCCUACGCUACGCCUGCCGCACCCACCUCGCCCAGUCCACGAGUUGUCCUGCACUGCCCGGCACUGCGCGGCGCCCCCGGCACCCUUCGUCUGAGCCAGCUACGUGCGAUUCUCGUGACUGAUCAUCUAGCACGAACCCUGCGCGCUCGUGGGGUAAGUGUAUGUCUGGUGCCCUCCACACGGGACCCACACAUGAUGACCUUCCUGCAACAACUGCGAGUGGAAUGGCCUGUUACCUCUAAGAGAACUGCGACUGAAGCCCUGAGGAGUCGCGUGCUUACAGAGAUUGCUUCUACCCAAGAUGGGGAAGUCUUGGCCCCAGGGGUUUUGGGCAGAGUGUCUCUGAAAGAGCUGAUGGAAGAGCAGGGACGCCCAGCUGGCUAUGACCCCAACCUAGACAACUGUCUGGUGACUGAGAAUCUUCUCUUCUCCCUGGCUGAGCUGCAGGAAGCUGUACAGAACUGUGCUGAGGAGAGCUCCCCAGGCCUGGCUGAAACCCCAGAUUCUGGUGCAGACAGCUGCAUUGUUGUACACGUGGUAAGCUGUGAGGAGGAGUUCCAGCAACAAAAGUUAGACCUGCUUUGGUGGAAGUUGGAUGACCAGGCACCUCUCCGACAGAAGCACCUGGUCUGUGGCCCGGUGAAAGGCACUGGUGAACUCAGUACCCUGACUGCCCCCGAGUACUACAAGCUCCGGCUCGCCCAAGUGUGCAAGGCCUCAGCACUCAAGCAUGGUGGGGAUCUGGUACAAGAUCCAGCCUGGACAGAGAUCUUUGGGAUUCUCUCUGCAGCUACCAUCAAAUUUGAGAUGCUCAGCACAGCCCCACAGAGUCAGCUCCUCCUGACCCUGGCUGACUCUAGCGUUUCCACAAAGGGCACCAAAAGUGGCACUUUUGUCAUGUACAAUUGUGCCCGUCUUGCCACACUCUUUGAGAGUUACAUGCAUAGUGUGGAACAAGGUCUGUACCCCACCUUUCCGCCUGUGAGCAAUCUGGACUUCUCACUGCUGCAUGAUGAGAGUGAGUGGCUGCUGCUCUUCAACAGUGUCCUCCCCUUCCCAGAGCUGCUGAGUCAGACAACAGCCCUGGCCUACACAGCCCCAGGGCUCCAUCUCACUGCACGCACAGAGAUGGUGUGCAAGUUCCUGGUGCAGCUCAGCAUGGAUUUCAGCUCAUACUAUAACCGCAUACACAUCUUAGGGGAACCUCGACCACAUCUCUUCGGUCAGAUGUUUGCUCGCCUGCAGCUUCUGCGGGCCGUUCGUGAAGUGCUACAUGCUGGCCUGGCCAUGUUGGGCCUCCCUCCACUGAACCACAUUUGA